GGGGGAGGAGAAAAAGUUGUAUAAAAACUCCGCAGCCUCGCCGUCGCUUCUUCCCUGCCAAAUUCCAAUUCCAACCCGAGAGGGCUCCUGCCCCUAUUUGAUCCCUCCCCCCUCCCAUCCCAGCGCCGUCGCCUCGACCCCCUCCUUCCUCCGCGCUGACCGCCCCGUCGCACCGGCCGCCGCCGCGGCGACAUUCAUUAUCACGUUCGUUCGUUUCUCGGCCUCCAGCUCGGGGCGGCGCCGGGAUCGCGGGAUCUCGUCGGGGAAGCGAGGACGCCAGGCUCGUAGCAUCUGCUCCCGAUCACGGCUUAUUUUAUGGGUGAAGAGGCUCCUGAGUUUCGCGUUGACCCCAUCACCUUGGGGUCCAAGGAUUGCCAACAGAAUGCCAUAGUUGUUGGCGAUAAGACAUAUGUAAUUGGCAGAACAGAUGAUGACUCGAAGUCAUCCUUUGGCAUUAAAAUUCUGGACAAACUAACUCAGACUUGGAUUGUGCCAACAGUACUUGGAGCACAGCCUCCAUCCAAGUCACACUCAGCAAUUCUUAUAAAUGAGGAGAAGAUAUUGGUUGUUGAGAAGGGUGUUUCCUUGAAUGAUUCCAUCUGGUUCCUUGAGAUAGAUACCCCCUUUGUUAAACAACAGCGGAAAAUCAAGGGUUUAGAAGUUGUUUCCUGGAGCAAGGGAGUACUUGGCGUCGCCCAAAAACCCGUUGUGAUUAGUGGGCCAUCUGGUGUUGGUAAAGGGACGCUAAUAGCAAAAUUGAUGAAAGAGUACCCAUCGAAAUUUGGGUUCUCUGUUAGCCACACUACAAGGUCUCCAAGGGUGAAGGAAAUAGAUGGUGUCCACUACCAUUUUGCUGGAAGAAGCAAGAUGGAACAAGAUAUAAGUGAGGGGGAAUUCCUUGAAUUUGCCCAUGUUCAUGGAAAUCUCUAUGGGACGAGUAUUGAAGCAGUUGAAUCUGUUACUGAUGAGGGGAAGAGGUGCAUUCUCGACAUUGAUGUCCAAGGAGCACGAUCUGUGAGGGCUUCUUCUCUUGAAGCAAUAUUCAUCUUUGUAUGCCCUCCGUCAUUCGAGGAACUAGAGAAGCGCCUUCGGGCACGGGGCACAGAAACGGAGGAGCAAAUCCAAAAGCGACUAAGAAAUGCUCGUGCUGAGCUUGACCAGUCCAAUUCACCAGGUCUUUUUGAUCAUCUUUUGGUAAAUGAUAACCUUGAAGCAUGCUAUGAGAAUUUGAAGAAGAUGCUUUCGUUGGAUGAUGACCACAAAGAUUCAGAUGGUUGUUGUAAGUUACAUGAAACUUCCUAUUUACAAUGCUUCAUUGCGUCAAAUUUUAAUGUUAAAUCUUGCUGUGCUUCAGUCAUCGAGGAUGGGAAAGCAACCGCAUGUUAUUCUAUCCUGUCCAAAACAGAGUCAGAAGUUUUUUUGCAGUCUGAAACUGGCGAAGUAGUAAAAGGAGCUGCAAGCUUGCUAGCGGUCGACUUAUCCUCUCUCACAGGUGGCGCUCCUGGACGAACAAGAGGUCUUAAGAUACACUCAAUUAACUCAAUUGACAACGAUCUGAAGGGCAUUAGAUAACCCAAAACAUUCUUACAAACGAUGUCGCAGAAGUGUUGACUGAUGGAUUUUGGAUCAAUUAGUGAGAUAUAACAGCUUCAGAAACAUAUUAGUUAGAGAAAAAGGAAAACAUAAGUGGGAUUUAUUUCCAUUUAUCAUUUGUUUGCCGGAGAGGCGCUUCGUUUGUUCUUUGUACCAGAAUGAGGUGAAGUCAUGCCAGAGGGAUUGUACCUCUUAUUGUUGAGGGUUUGUGUACCUUAUAUUUGUUCAGUGGAACAUAUGUCGAGGGCCUAUCCGAACCAUGUUUUGUUUGUCUGCGAGAAUGAAGAAAUCAGGUGAUGUUAUAAUGUUA